AUGGUGGCUAAAACAGCAGUUUCACCUGAUCAGGAGAUAACGUGUAACUCCUGCUGCCAGGGCCCAGCCGGUAUACCUAGAUUACCCGGGUCAAAUGGGAACCAUGGUCAAGGGCUUGUAGGGUCCCCUGGUGAGGUAGGUCAACCCGGGCCUAAAGGAGACAUGAGGUCAGAUGGACUAGUUGGUUCGCCAGGCGCUAAAGGGGAUCAUGGACUGAAAGGAGAGCAAGGAGUCGGUCAACAGGGCAUAAAAGGACCUCGAGGUCUGCCUGGGAUGAAUGGUCUGAAGGGGGAGAGAGGUGAACCUGGACCAGCUAGACAGACUGGUGAAACAGGUGAAUGUAGUAUGUACGCGACGGUCCGCCUUCAAUGCAGUCAGGAAUACCGCCUUCAGCCCUUCAUCCACCUGGGAUACUCUGCCCUUUGA